CCAUUCUUCUCUGUAAUCCCUUUUCAUUCAACCUUCCACAUAAAUCAAAAAAAACAAAAAACAAAAAACAAAAAAGUGAAGUAAAAGUAAAUUCAAAUUUCCUUAUCAUCUUCUUCAAUUAAGAUAUAUCUCCAUCCAUCGGUUGAAUUUCUACAAGAAAUCGCAGAGGAGAAGAGGAACAAUCGAGAGACUAUUCUUUUUUCUUUUUAAUUCUUUUUGGCCAUGGGAGAUAGUAACAGAGAAGCGUUGAUUAGCAGAAAAUCAAGCGUAUUCAAGCGCUCAGUCUCUCACGCUCACGAUGAAUUGCAUAGUUUCAGAUCUUACCUGCGGUGGAUGUGCGUCGAUCAAUCCGACAUUUGGACGGCCGGAUUAUCAUGGUCGAUGUUCUUCCUUUUCGCUAUAAUCGUUCCAGCAACCUCGCAUUUCGUUCUGGCUUGUUCUUCUUGUGAUAGCAAUCACGCUAGACCGUUCGAUCGCGUUGUUCAAUUGUCGCUCAGCAGUGUUGCGACGGUUUCUUUUCUCUGCCUUUCCAGUUUCAUUCGGAGAUAUGGACUUAGGAGAUUCUUGUUCUUCGACAAACUCUGCGAUGAAAGCGAAACUGUGAGAAGAGGAUAUACGAUCAAGUUCAAUAGAUCAUUACGAGUACUAUCGACAUUCGUAAUACCAUGCUUCGCGGCAGAGAGCGCGUACAAAAUCUGGUGGUACGCAUCAGGCGCCUCACAAAUCCCCUUCUUGGGUAAUGUUAUUGUGAGCGAUGCAGUAGCUUGUGCCAUGGAGCUUCUCUCCUGGCUUUACAGAACCACUGUCAUAUUCCUCGUCUGUAUCCUCUUUCGUCUCAUCUGCGACCUCCAAAUCCUCCGCCUCCAGGACUUUGCCACCGUCUUCCAGGUCGAUUCUGACGUCGCCUCCGUCCUCUCCGAGCAUUUGAGGAUCAGACGACAUCUCCGAAUCAUCAGCCACCGUUACCGCGUCUUCAUUUUGGGAUCCCUCGUCCUCGUCACCGGUAGCCAGUUCACUUCCCUUCUUAUUACUACUAAAUCCUCUUCCAACCUCAAUAUCUACAUCGCCGGUGAACUUGCGCUAUGCUCAAUGACACUUCUUACCAGCCUUAUGAUACUAUUACGAAGUGCUACAAAAAUAACCCAUAAAGCGCAAUCAGUGACCGCACUUGCUGCCAAGUGGCACGUGUGUGCGACGUUGGAUUCUUUUGACGUCACGGACGGCGAGACGCCUAUGGCAUCCACCAUUCACCAGGCUUUUCCACCGCACCAUGGCGUCGGAGAAGAAUCGGAAGGUGACGAAGGUUGCGAUGAAGAUGAUUUAGACAACACUAAGUUGAUCCCAGCAUACGCUUACAGCACAAUCUCAUUCCAAAAGAGGCAGGCAUUAGUGACGUAUUUCGAGAAUAACAGAGCGGGAAUAACAAUAUACGGGUUUACCCUGGAUAGGACUACACUCCACACCAUCUUUGGAAUUGAGUUAUCCUUGGUUCUUUGGCUCCUUGGCAAAACCAUCGGUUUUUCUUAAACCCACUUUUUCUUUUUCUUUAUUUUUAUUAUUAUUGUAAUUAUUUCUUUUUUCUCCCCCCAAAAAGAAGAAAAAUCAUAAUCCUUAUUAAUUAUCGUGUCAUUGUAUUGUGUUUGUGUAUUAUUAUUAUAUUUACUUUUUGUCUUCCUCAUGGUUAUGUAUUUGUUCACCUCCUUGUGUUUGUUUGUUGUUAAUAUAAUAGAAAUCUGAGUGUUUUUUUUUGUC